AACUUAGGUAAAGAAUGACCCAUCUAGUUUCACAAUUUUAUAGAAACGUUGGUCGAUUCUCAGAUGGAAUUGCUCUGAUGAGCUAGAAACCACACAGAACUAUUUUUAAGAUAUUGUGGGCAGGAGUAUAGUUACGUCAAUCUAAGGCCGUGCUCAUGGGAAAGAAACAGGCUUUGAUGAAUGUUCGAAAUGAUAGUGCUUCAGGUGGAAAAACAACAGAAAUGAGGAUUUGGAACUUCUGGAUACUCUUCUUUACGUUCACGUCAUCACAAUUGAUGGGUGGAAAUCCCAUUAUAUUUCCUUUAGAUUCUUCAAAUUAUUCAGAUUGUCUCACAAGAGCACCCCAGAGGUACUAUUAUACAUUUGUGGGAGAUCCUUUUGAAUUGACAUGUGAACCUGAUUAUCUCCCUCAUGACAACUCCACACACUACGUAAAAGAACCAUUGUGGUACAAACAAAACGUGGAAGUGGAUCCUGAAAAAACAAAUGGCUGGAGCAAAGUUAUUAAUCAGACAGGAAAGAACUUCUCACUUCCAUCAAUUAGCACUGCUGAUUCAGGCACUUACCUCUGCUUUCUCAGAAAUGCCUGUUUCAAAGUUUAUGUAUUGGUUGCACAGACUCAGAAUGAAACAGACUGUGAAGAUGCUGGAAAUUGUGAAGUUCUCCUAAUUCAGAGUACUGCAGAUAAAAUAUCAUGUCCUGGAAUUCAACAUUUCAAUGCUUCAGCGAGGUUUUCUGUAAAGUGGUACAAGAAUAAAAACAUAUUUGAAGAAUAUGUUGAACGAGUAUCUCUCAAGAUAAAAAAUGGACAAAUUCAUUUGGGUCGAAUAUAUAAAUCUGAUGCUGGUAUUUACACAUGUACAUUUAAGUUUGUAGAAAACAAUAUCAAAUGGAUCGUGACAAGAUCAUUUACAGUAAAGGUUAUAGCCGAUGACACAAGGAGACCUCCAACUGUUAUUGAUCCUCAUCAACUAAAAACAAUUGAAGUUGAGCUUGGACAAUCUGUACAGUUAAUGUGCAAAGUUUAUUUUGGUUUUGCAAGAAAAUUUAAUCCGGUGAUCAAAUGGCUAAUAAAUGGCAAAGAUGUGACAGAAAAUAUGAAACUCCAACAGGGUGAAGUCCAGAAGACUAAAGAUAGUGAAGGGUUUAUUUUAAUUCGGAAAGCGUAUUUGAGUAAAGUCACUGAAGAAGACUUUAGUAUUAACUUCACUUGCUUCUCCCAGAAUUCUCAGGGAAGCUCAUCUGGUGUACUCAGACUGAAAGAGAAAGAGUCCAACAUCUUUCAAAUAAAAGUAAUAACUAUAUCUACGUCAUUAAUAUUUGUGACUUUUGUUUGUGGAUGUGUUGGAGUCUAUAAGUUUUGGAUUGAAAUUUGUCUGCUUUAUCGACAUUAUUUCGUAAAGGAUGAAACCAUUGGAGAUGGGAAAGAAUUUGAUGCCUUUGUUUCAUAUGCAAACACUUCUUCCUUGGGGGAGGAUGAUGAGAGCAACAGUUACAUCAUUACAGAGGAGAAAUUUGCUCUGGAGCUUCUUCCGUCUGUGUUAGAGAAGCAGCAUGGAUAUAAACUGUGUCUUUUUGAGAGAGACAUACUGCCGGGAGGGGUUUACACAGAAGAUGUUAUUUCAUGCAUAAAAAGAAGCAGGAGAGUAAUAAUAGUCCUCAGCCCAAAUUAUAUUGCCCGGAAUGAUUCAAGGAUUUUUGAACUGCAGACAGGAGUCAGCAGCAUGCUUGAUAAUUAUAAAACCAAAGUGAUUUUGAUAAAAUUCCACUCUCUACCUGACAUAGUGGAUCUGCCUGAAAAUGUUAAAAAAGCCAUCACAGUGUUACCAGAGAUAACGUGGAAAGGAAAUAAAUCUUUCCCCCCAUCCUCAAAUUUCUGGAAGAUGCUCAGAUACCAUAUGCCAGUGAAGAAGAAUAAUAUUGUCACAAGUCAAAGCUUCAACUGAAACCUGCUGUCUAACUGACAGACGUGGACCUCACUGCAGUCUACAAAAGCUGAAAGACCUGUGGAUGCUAUAAGUCAGAAACAAAGACAUUAAUUGCUGAAAAAGUUCAGCGGGUCUGGCAGCAUCUGUGGAGAGACAUCAGAGUUAAUGUUUUGGGUUGAGUGACCCUUCCUCAGAACUGAAGUUUUUGCCUCACUAUAGGAUGUCUGCUGUAUUUCCAUUUAAUUGUAUUCUGGUGAAUAUCUUGUCAAAUGCAUAAGGAAUAUGCAAACUCAGUCUUGUUUUUAUUGCAUUAAACAUCACAAUAACAUUUGUGGCUCAGCUUUUGGUAAGAUAGUGUGGUAGUGAUGUUGCUGACUUGGUGCUUCAGAGAGCUGGACUUAAUCUGGUGGUUUCAAUUUAGACCUGAUCAUGGGUGUCAGGGAAUUGAAAUUCAAUUAAUGAAUGUAAAUCUAGCAUGGAAAACUUGUAUCUGUAAUAAUGAACCUGAAUUGUAUUAAACCCUGAUGUCCUUUAAUGGAGGAGAUCAGUUGUCUUCAGUGUGGAUUAUUUUUGACUUCAGAUUCAUAGCAAUUUGACUCACCAUUGACUGACUUCUGAAAAAACCAUUCAGUUGUAUUCAAAAAAGCAGUUCACCUCUAUCUUCUCAAGGGCAAUUAGGGAUGAGCAAUAAAUGUUGGCCUAGCCAGCACCAUUCACAUCCCAUGGAGAAAGAGUUUAAAAAUCAGGUGGUGUUUGUGCCCCUGAGUCAGAUGUUUGUGGGUUCAAUUUCCAUUCCAGACACCCAAGGACCAAACUCUAGUUAGGUUGACACUCCCAGGUAAUUGCUGAGGGAGUUCUACACUGUUAGAUAUGCUGACUUUUGGAUCACAUGGUAAAUUGAAACCUUGCUUGCUUAGUCAGAUGUACCAAAACAUCCCAUAAAUCAAAGAGUGUGGUGCUGGAAAAGAACACCUCUGCCUCACAGCGCCAGAGACCCGGGUUCAGUUCCCACCUCAG